AACAAUAUGCCUAAGCAAGUUGAAGUGCGGAUGCAUGAGAGCCACCUGAGCCCAGUGGAACCAAGACCCAAACACUUACACAUACGAUUCUGUCAGUCUCUCCGAAAAAACCUUCUUCUGUCUCUUACAGUAGCUGGUGUCAUUUUGGGUGCACUGUGUGGGGGGCUUCUUCGCCUGGCAACUCCUAUUGACCCUGACAUUAUCAUGCUAAUCGCCUUCCCAGGAGAUAUCCUUAUGAGGAUGCUAAAAAUGCUGAUCCUUCCCUUAAUUAUUUCCAGUUUAAUCACAGGACUGUCUGGUUUGGAUGCUAAAGCUAGUGGCCGACUGGGCACGAGAGCCAUGGUCUACUACAUGUCCACUACUAUCAUUGCUGCUGUGCUGGGUGUCAUUCUGGUUUUAGCCAUUCACCCAGGGAAUCCCAAACUCAAGAAGCAGCUGGGAGAAGGAAAGAAGAAUGAUGAAGUGUCCAGUUUGGAUGCUUUCUUGGAUCUUAUUCGAAAUCUGUUCCCUGAAAAUCUAGUCCAAGCAUGCUUCCAGCAGAUCCAAACAGUCACUAAGAAAGUACUGGUGCCACCACCGAUUGAAGAACCCUCUAAUGUCACUGACUCUGUCUUUGCUAUGGUGAACGAGACAGUGAGUGAAACCACACCAGAAGAACAGUUGGUCAUUAUGAAGGGGCUUGAAUUUAAGGAUGGAAUGAAUGUCUUAGGUCUGAUAGGGUUCUUCAUUGCUUUUGGCAUUGUUAUGGGGAAGAUGGGAGAACAAGCCAAGAUGAUGGUGGACUUUUUCAACAUCCUGAAUGAGAUUGUAAUGAAACUAGUGACUAUGAUCAUGUGGUACUCACCUUUGGGCAUUGCCUGCCUCAUUUGUGGGAAAAUCAUUGCAAUCAAGGACUUAGAAGUGGUUGCUAGGCAACUGGGCAUGUACAUGGUAACAGUGAUCGUGGGCCUCAUCAUCCAUGGUGGGAUCUUCUUGCCAUUACUGUACUUUGUGAUAACAAGAAAAAGCCCCUUCUCGUUCCUUGCUGGCAUUUUCCAGGCAUGGAUCACAGCUCUAGGCACAGCUUCCAGUGCUGGUACAUUACCGGUCACCUUUCGGUGUCUUGAAGAAAACCUAGGCAUUGAUAAACGGGUAACAAGAUUUGUCCUUCCUGUUGGAGCCACUAUUAACAUGGAUGGGACUGCCCUUUAUGAAGCAGUGGCUGCCAUCUUCAUUGCACAGAUGAAUGGAGUGGUGUUGGAUGGUGGGCAGAUAGUCACUGUGAGUCUGACGGCCACCCUAGCAAGUGUUGGAGCUGCCAGUAUACCCAGUGCAGGCCUGGUCACCAUGCUGCUGAUCCUCACUGCAGUAGGCCUACCCACUCAGGAUAUAAGUCUACUUGUUGCUGUUGACUGGCUCUUAGACCGGAUGAGAACUUCAGUAAAUGUUGUGGGAGAUUCUUUUGGUGCUGGCAUUGUCUACCACCUCUCCAAGGCAGAGCUUGAUAACAUUGAUUCCCAGCAUAAGGGGCAUGAAGACAUUGAAAUGACCAAGACUCAGUCAAUUUAUGACGACAUGAAAAAUCAUAGGGAAAACAACUCAAACCAAUGUGUUUAUGCAGCUCACAACUCUGUCAUAGUAGAUGAGUGCAAGGUAACACUGGCAACCAAUGGCAAAUCUGCAGACUUCAGUGUUGUUGAGGAAGAGCCUUGGAAACGUGAAAACUAA